CCGUGCGGGGCGCCUGGACAGUCGCCCGCCCCAAAUCUGAUGGAUCAGUCAACACGUGACUGGAUCUUUAAUGCUAAAGAAACAAGUGGAGCUCUGCGGCCCGAAGCUGGGUUUCCCGUGGACGGUCUCCUGCCCUGGUAAAGAAAAAAGCUUCAGGGCAAAGUCCUGGUUCUGACUGUGUGUGCUGCAGGCAUUGGAGGUACUUUCCAGUAUGGCUACAACCUCACCAUCAUCAACGCCCCAACGUUAUUUAUCCAGACAUUUAUCAAUGAAACAUGGCUGGAACGCACCGGGCUGCCCUUGGAAGGAAGCAGGAUAACGCUCAUGUGGUCCUUUGUCGUCUCGAUAUUUCCUCUGGGGGGACUUGCUGGAGCCCUCCUUGCAGGUCCCAUGGCCAUUAAACUGGGAAGGAAGAAAUCUUUGUUGCUGAACAACACGUUUGUGAUCCUUGCUGCUUUGCUGGUGGGACUCAGCCGCAUAGCAAAAUCCUUUGAAAUGAUCAUGCUGAGCAGAUUCUUUGCAGGAAUCAAUUCUGGGGUGAGCAUGAACAUUCAGCCCAUGUACUUGGGGGAAAGUGCACCCAAGAAGCUUCGUGGAGCCGUGGCCCUGACGUCAGCAUCCUUUACUGCCCUGGGGCUGGUGAUGGGCCAAAUUGUUGGUCUCAGAGAAAUACUAGGAGCAGAGGAGAAUUGGCCUCUUCUUUUAGCCAGUAAUGCGGUGCCCAGUCUGAUCCAGCUGUUGCUUCUGCCCUGGGUCCCAGAAAGCCCCCGAUACCUACUGAUUGAUCGAGGAGAUAAAGAGCUGUGCAUUUGUGCGUUGCAGAAACUGCGGGGCAGCCUCGACUUGAACAAUGAGAUGAAGGAGAUGCUGGCUGAACAGGCAGCCGUCCAAGGGAAGAAGGCCGAGGGCCCUUGGGAGCUGUUCUGGAACCCUGCCGUCAGGUGGCAGCUGAUCACCAUCCUUGUGCUCAGCAGUGCGAUGCAGCUGUGUGGCAAUGACUCGAUGUACUUCUAUGCUACCUAUGUUUUCCAGGAAGCAGGAAUUCCUUAUGACAAAAUCCAGUACUACAUUAUUGGCACAGGAAGCUGUGAACUGAUUACAGCUAUAACUUGUAACCUCAUCAUAGAACGUGCCGGGCGAAGGAUGCUGGUGAUAGGGGGAUACAGUCUUAUGGCUGUGUGGGCCGUGGUCUUCAUGGUGGCUUUAUCCCUGCAGGAUCAAUAUAGCUGGAUGCCUUACCUCAGCAUGGCUUGCAUCUUUGCCUAUAUCCUGAGCUUUGGAAUUGGUCCAGCUGGUGUGACAGGAAUCUUACCCACUGAGAUUUUUGAUCAGAUGACUCGCCCAGCUGGCUACAUGAUCUGUGGCUCUUUGAUCUGGACCAACCUAUUUCUGGUGGGAAUGGCAUUUCCUUUCAUUGUGGCUUGGGCUACCUCUGCUAUCUUCCUUUUCUCACCGUUUGUGUCCUUACUGCUCUAUAUGUCAGCUUCUUCCUCCCCGAGACCAGGGGGAAAAGCCUUCUGGAAAUCUCUGAAGAGUUCAACAAGCGCAAUUUCAAAACUCAAACUUGUGAGAAUUCCUGGACAAACUUUGAGGAUACCAAAUCCACCAUGUUGUAACCACUGAGCAAGCCGAAGAGAUGGUGGGAAUAAGAAAAUCUAUCCCAAUUCUCCUGGUUGAGAAUUGAACCCAGUUUUUGUGGUAGUAUGGGUAGAAUCCUUUUUCCACUUCUGAAACAUAAAGACUGUGCGGAAAUGUCCUUGCCUCAAAAUCUAUAUUUCAAAUUAGCGCAUGAAAAUUCUCACUUCAAAACAUAUGGACUCAAAAUGCAGACUUCAGAACUGGCAUGAAUUUUAGUGCAAAUUCUGAAUGGAGUUUCAGUAUUUGAGCUUGAUUUUAACUCUCAGUAAGUGUAUAAAAGCAGGAAUAAUCACAGUCUGGUGGCAGCCAACUAUCUCCACCUUUGAAGCUUAAAUAUCAGUGUUUUGUACAUAAAUAAAGGAUAUAGAAAUUAUUCAUAGCAUACAUUUUGAGGCAAUUCAGUAUUUUAAAUAAAUUUGAAACAAAUGUUUAAAAACCAGUUAUGGAUAUCUCAGGUUUUAAAAUCUAUAAACCCGCACCCCAAAACCUGUGCAUCAGAUUCUGAAAAUGAAUUCAGAUGUUCAAACUGAUGGGAAGUUCUUGUUGGAGGAUCGAGGACUUGAUGCAAAAGAUCAGGAAUUAUGUUUUGUUUUUGUUUUUUAAAUUAAUUAGCAGCCUCAGGGCACUGGGACAGAAAAUGUUUAGCUGCCUCCUCCCAUAUUUUGCUCUUUUACUGUUGAUGCCAUCCCACCCCACUCACGCACAAAACUAACUAUAACUUUGGAAAGUGAUAUCAUUUAAUCAGCAAAAAGAACAGGAAAGGCAAGUGUUAAAUAACCUUACCCAAAACAGAAGGAAAAAGCUUGUGGUACCAUAAAAACUACACAUUUGUAGCACUGGGCAUUCGUUAUAACUCUUUUGUUGAUGCCUUUGAUCCCUGAUUUCAGGCUC